AAAAUUCCUUAACAGAGCAAUAAAAGCACCCCUUCGUCUUCGUUGGUAACACUUUAAGUAUCGCAUUUCUCCUAGGUUCUCUCUUUUAUCUUUCCCCAAAUUGUGAGUGUUAGUGUUGAAUCGCUUGGACUGGCAUCAGGUUGAUCUGAAAGAAGCAAUUGAAAUGGCGAGCGCGAUGGUAGAGGAUGCGACCUUCGAAGAUGAUCAGUUGGCUAAUAUGACCACCGACGACGUCGUCAGAGCCUCACGUCUUCUCGACAACGAGAUUCGCAUUCUCAAGGAAGAGUUGCAAAGGACCAAUUUGGAAUUGGAAUCGUACAAGGAUAAGAUCAAGGAGAAUCAGGAAAAGAUUAAGCUCAAUAAGCAGUUGCCCUACCUCGUUGGUAACAUUGUUGAGAUAUUGGAAAUGAACCCAGAAGAUGAAGCUGAAGAAGAUGGUGCUAAUAUUGAUCUUGAUUCACAAAGGAAGGGGAAGUGUGUUGUGCUUAAGACUUCUACUCGACAGACAAUCUUUCUUCCAGUUGUUGGGCUUGUUGACCCUGACAAAUUAAAACCCGGUGAUCUUGUUGGUGUUAACAAGGAUAGUUAUUUAAUCUUGGAUACCCUGCCUUCUGAGUAUGACUCUAGAGUUAAGGCAAUGGAAGUCGAUGAAAAGCCCACAGAAGAUUACAAUGACAUUGGUGGGCUAGAAAAGCAGAUUCAAGAAUUAGUCGAGGCCAUUGUUUUGCCCAUGACCCACAAGGAGCGGUUUCAAAAGUUAGGAGUUCGUCCUCCCAAGGGAGUCCUGUUAUAUGGACCUCCAGGGACUGGCAAAACAUUGAUGGCCCGUGCCUGUGCAGCACAGACCAAUGCCACUUUUCUGAAAUUGGCAGGUCCUCAACUGGUCCAGAUGUUCAUAGGAGAUGGAGCAAAACUUGUUCGUGAUGCUUUUCAACUAGCAAAAGAGAAGUCACCCUGCAUUAUAUUUAUAGAUGAAAUUGAUGCAAUUGGUACAAAGCGUUUUGAUAGUGAAGUAAGUGGAGACAGAGAGGUACAACGGACAAUGUUAGAAUUACUUAAUCAGCUUGAUGGUUUUAGCAGUGAUGACAGGAUUAAGGUGAUAGCAGCAACAAAUCGUGCAGAUAUUCUUGACCCUGCCCUUAUGCGUUCUGGUCGAUUGGAUCGUAAAAUUGAGUUUCCCCACCCAAGUGAAGAAGCACGAGCUCGUAUUCUCCAGAUCCAUUCAAGGAAGAUGAAUGUUCACCCAGAUGUCAACUUUGAAGAGCUCGCACGUUCCACGGAUGAUUUCAAUGGAGCACAACUGAAGGCUGUCUGUGUUGAGGCUGGCAUGUUAGCUCUACGCCGUGAUGCAACUGAGGUGAACCAUGAGGACUUUAAUGAAGGUAUUAUUCAAGUCCAAGCAAAGAAGAAAGCAAGCCUGAAUUAUUAUGCAUAGGGUGGUUUGUGGAGCAAGCUAUUGUUUAGUUUACAACGAUCUAUCGAGACAUCUCGAGCCAAUGGAAAACCUACGUGGAUGUUUGACAUUUAUUAUCUUUCUCUUAUUCUUUUGUCAAUCUGUAACCGUAUGAUAUAACCUAUAGCAUGCUAUAAUCAUCUAUCUUUUAAAAAUACACAAUCUGAUCGUCAAUUUUGUUAGUAGUAAUAGAAAUUUGAUAUGUUUGCAA